CUUCCAGAACCUAUAAAGCUCCCUUCAUUCUCCCCCCCAAAUUAUCUUCCGCAUCCACAACUCAAUUCCCACUUCUCCAUCACCAUGUACUCUCGCGCUCAAGUUCUCGCGGCCGUGGCCGCCCUCGGUGCCACCACCGUCAACGCCGCCAUGGGCCCUGCUUUCAGCACCGGCCCCGUCUCCUCCAACUCGUGGAUCCGCGAGGCGACUUCGACUCUGGUCCUCCCCAACGGCCCCAGCGGCGCUACCUCCAACGAGGCCAUCACCUCCCUUUGGGUUGGUAUGGGUACCUCCAACGGUGACCUGAUCCAGUCCAUCGCCGAUAACUGGCAGCAGAAGGAUUGGACCAUGUACGCUUACACUCUGAUGAAGACUGGCGACUACAGCCAGAUGCCCAUCUACGGUGAAGGCCAGGAGAACGGCAGCAAGGGUGACAAGGUCACCAUGCACUACAAGUUUGACGAUGCCAGCGGCAACUAUACCCAAACUGUCAAGAUCAACGGCAAGACCGUCUCCACUCUGUCGACUAGCGAUGGCCAUGCCCAGGGCUGGGGCAGUGCGGUCGAAUGCGCUGAGAACAACUGCGGCACUGUUGGUGCUCACUCCUGGAUUGACACCAAGAUCAUCCUCAAUGUUGCCGAUCCCAACUACAUCAACACCCUUGCUAAGGGUAACGGUGUGACCGGUGACAUGUCCACCAGCGACGGCGGCAAGACCUGGACUGUCACCACCAUCAACAUCCCCGAGUUCACCUUCGGUCACUAG